AAACAUGGCGGCCGAGAAGGGCUCUCGUUUUUCGCUUUACGAAAGAAUAAGAUGGUCUAUCUACAUCUGUCUAUUUUUAGGCUAUUCCUCGUAUUAUUUUUGUAGAAAAUCAUACACUUUUGUUGUUCCAGCUCUCAUAAGUGAACUGAACAUAAAGAAGAACGAACUCGGAGUUAUAACGAGCGGUUUUGCCGCCAUGUAUGGUAUCGGAAAGUUUAGCGGAGGUCUCUUAUCUGAUUCGUUAAGCCCGCGAACAAUAUUUACAACGGGAAUGUUACUAACUGGAAUUAUAAACAUUGUGAUAGGAUUCACUGGAAAUGUAUGGCUAUUAACUUUUCUUUGGAGUGUCAAUGGUUUAGCACAAGGUUGUGGAUGGCCUCCUUGUGCCAAGUUACUCAGAGAAUGGUUUGCCCCAUACCAGGUAAGCGUUCAUGUAUAUCUACAUCUAGUAGCCGAGGAAUACCAUCAUCACAUACGACGCAUUUGUACAAUUUUUAACCCCCGCAGUUUAACAGUGUAGUUCCAAGGGUAAUUUUGCAUUGAGAGCUAUCGAAAUAAAUUAUUAAUCUGUGAGUGGUGAGUAAUACGCUUAACCAACCAUUCACAAUUUCUGCAAGACUGCGAGCAGUGUCAUAUUUUUCUUUGCAAAAGUAAUCCACGUGUAUAAACCCAUGCAUGCGAGCGACAGGCUGUGAGUGGCAAAGCACCAGUCUUACCCUUAUUCAGUCAAGCCUGGUUUCCAUAUGAUAAUCUGAAUUGUCCUGAUCACCACAGUUAUUUAAAAACAUUUCGAGACGAUCCGGACGACUUGGACGAUAGAUAGUUUCCAUACAAUCGUCUUGAUCACCUUAAGGACAAGAGACAUGGGGUCGUCAGCGCUGUCUCUGGGUCAGACAUUAGAAUUUUGCGCGUGUUUCACAAACAAGCCAAACCAAGAGCCAUAGCCAUAGCCAUAGCCAUAGCAUAGUGAUUAAUUUUAAUCGGAGAGUGAACCUCAUGCCUUGCUAUCUGCUUUUUUUCUUGAUUUUGUGGUGUUGACAAUCUAGAAAAGUUCCUCAAAGACAUUUGAAAUAGUGCCUAUUCACAGUGUAAACAUUUUUGCAUUAUUUUUUCAACUUCAGCGGCAUCCAGACCAAAUUUAUUCUCAAUUACUGGAAUAAUAAUGAUUUCUGGGAUAGCCUUUGAUCCUUCCGAUUGCCUCAGUCGUCUGAGAGCAUUUCCAAAUGAUCACUUUGAAAUUUACACAAUCGUCCCAAUCGUCUGGAUAGAUUUCAACGCUAUCCAAGCAAUCAAGGUCCUUUCAGUCAUCCUGGUUAUUUGCGAUUGUCCGGGUAGCAUUUCCAUAUGAUCGUCCCCAUCAUCUGAACAUUAGUUGAGACGACUGGGAUGAUUGGGAUGGUUAUAUGGAAACCAGGCUUCAUUAAGCCGUCAGCAGCUGUAAAAUUGACCAAUCAGCUACUCCGUUUCUGGACUGAUGGAUGGUUUGUUUACUACAAAAGAGUUCCCAGUCCGUCUUUUCUCAUGACUCUCGUCCAAUAUUUUUUUACAACAUUGCUCUUUGCAAUUGGGCUGCUGGGAUAAGAACUGGAGGAUUUUAAGAAAAAAGAUGGACUGCAAGCUGACCUGUGUAGCAGGUGGGGUCGUUCAUGCGAGAAAGCUUUUGGCAAGAGAACUGCAAACAAAGGGUUGCCUUUAUGUUGCUUAUUGGCAUAUAUAGAAUCAAAGCUGUAUGCUUGUUGGUUUUUACUAAAACUCAUUUUCUUAGAGUCAGUCAAUUAAUUGGCUAAUUGCAAAUAGAUUAUCACUAAAUAUAAAAAAAUCUAACUCUGUCAUUUUUCGACCAAGACAAAAAAAAUUACAUCACCAAGUCAACUUGAAAGUAUUUGACCAUCAUACCAACUCUUACAUCCCUUUAGAAUGCAAAAAUUUUGUCAAAUACUUAAAGGUGUGCUUAUUGAUUUUAAUCUCUUGUGAAAUACCACAUCGCCCACAUUGCUUCAAAAAUAAGGAAAACAAUUGGCAUAGACCAAUUCGGCUAACUCAAUGUUGUACCCAAUUAAAACCCUUUGGGAAUAAAACGUUUUGUCUCAGGAAUUUCCAUAUCAUUUAAACGUAAAUGGCACAUUAUAAUGCAAAUACAAUACACAAAGAAUCUUCCUGGGAGAUUUGAAUUGGGUACGACACUGAGUUAGCCGAAUAGGUCUAUUAUUGCCAGCCUUAGACACUUUGUCUUUUUUUCGAAAUAUGGCAUAAAAAUCUGGAAUAGUCCACUGUGUGAAAUAUGUCAAAUGUCCAAAAAUAACUUUAAAAUCAAUGUCCAUGACACAUUUAUAUACUCCGAAUACUUUCAGAAGAAAAUGAUGAUAUUGAUUCACCCAAUUUAAUAACAAAAAAUUCUUGAACACUUGACUUAUAUUUGCAAUAAUUAUACGAGAUUGUAAACUUAAUUUAAUCUAUGUUUUUGCUCUUUUUCUCUAGUCUUGCUUGUGAACUAUUUAUUAUAUAAAAUAGUAACGUGUAACCACUGCUCGCCUUGACUAGCUAAUUGUUAACUGUGGGCAGUGGGUAUUGCUUGUAAAAUUUGAAAUAAUCAAUUGAACAGUCAUAAAAAAGUGUAUCAAUUUUGUUCAAACCAAAAAACAAUACAGGUUACAUUCCUUUUGACCAAUCUAAAUUCAGAUUUGGUGAUCCAAAAUUUGAUUUUUCAUUUUGUUAAGGACUAAACCAAUCCUAUAUUGCAAUCUGAAUGAUCCACCUCCGUACUUGGAUCAUUUGGAUUGGCAUCUCAAUCGGGUUUCAGAUUUUUGUUCCAUUUAACAAAACUGCUUUUCAAUAGCAAGAAUAUGCUUGUUCAUCGAUAAACACGACGGUUCAAGGUCAGUUCAGGAAAAGUUAUUGAUACUCCUCUGUUGUUCCAAAGGAUUGUAGUAUAUUAAAGUCAAGUUCCAUGGUAACUCUAAAUCCUUGAAUUAGCAAAUGUGCUUGGAUUUUCUCAUCGUAAAUUGUCCAAUGUACCGGUAUGCCUGUUUAGGGUGCACUUCUCAGCACUUGAGAAUUCGUACAUGUGAUUUUAUUGUCCUCUGAAUUUGUGUGAAUCAAAUUCCAGAAAAUUCCAAGUUGACUAGUACCAGUAUAAACCACCUGUUAGUUAAAGAGCUACUUUUCCUUCCAUUUCUCCACAAGAAGACGUUUAAUUUAGUGGAAAGAAGUAAAAAACGAUGUGUUGAAAAUGCGAAGAAGAUCAGAGGAGCAGGUAGCUUUUGUAUGGAUCAAUCUUAUUUCAGAUUUUUGUUCUGGCUAGCACGAAAAUCCAAACAAUCGUGAUUGACUGAACACAAAAAAAAGUUUGGUUCAAAGGAAUACAACCACAAUAAGUUACACUUGUUCAUGUACAUUGCAUUUGUAGAAGUUUCAUUGAGUUGCUGUCCGAUGUUCAAUUUCUUCUUAUCCUUGUAGACGUUUGACUUGGGCCAGGAUUUCAGACUACAUAAAUAUGUUGGGUAAACUAAAAGCAGCUUAUGGGAAAGUACCCUUGGAGAUUAGUAAUAAAUUAAGAGAGAAUUUUUCUUUCAUUUCAGUUUGCAACACUAUGGAGCCUUCUUACAGCAGGUUGCAACUUAGCAACAAGCAUGUCUCCAAUAUUAACAACAUUUCUCACAACGAACUAUGGCUGGUCAGCUGGUUUUACUGUUCCUGGAAUCAGUACUGCAAUACUGUCUCUUUUAGUAUAUUUCGUGAUUUUUGAUUCUCCAUCAGAAGCAGGACUGGAUGAAUUUAAUCAGUCUAGCUCAGAGACGUCAAGAAAUAAAAAUAAUUCAGUUAGGAAUAAAAGAAAACUCCUCAUAGCACUGAUGCAGAGUCCAUUUUUAUGGGUACUAAGUUUUGGAUAUCUCAUGACUCUCUUUGUGAAGACAGGAGUUGGUGAAUGGACUCAGCUUUUCUUGAUUCAGACAAUAGGAAAAUCACGAUAUGAGAGUAUGUUACAGUGAAAAUAACAAAAGCAUGAACACCAGAAAUAUUCCUGGAAUGUUAUUGUGUUGCAAGGAAAUAGCCAAUCAGGCAUGGGAAAACUAAACCACAAGCAAUUGUUGGUAAUUAAUUUUUGAUUUUGUGGCUAGCUUGUGUGUCCUGGUGUUUGCUGUGAUUGGUUGUAAGACAUUAAACAUUCCUGAAAUAUUUCCGGUAUCCGCGGUUUUGUGAGUUUGUAAUUAAACUAGGAUAAGUUAACUUCUUCAUUGUACAGUACUUUUGUCUAUGAUAGGUUGACCUUAUCAUUUGUCUCUUAAUAGUUUAAACUUUGGUACAUCCUUGGAGACCCAGGGACAGUCAGUCCGGUCAGGAUAAAUGACGGCGAAAGUUUUCAAGAUUCUACUCUUAACAAACUAGUUCCACAACUCGUUCAAAUGCUUGUCUCUGAUUGGUUUUGUGCCCAAUUGGAGGCCAGCAUCUAUCAUGCUGCUUUCAUAAUCCUCUGAUACCAAGUUGUUUACCUGCAAACUAAAUGAACAAACUUUGGUAGAGUAAUCUUGCAGAGUUGCAUGAACAAGCCUAGAAGAACUCUGGUGUUUAUGAAUUAACCUUUAAUCAGUCCAAAGUGUGGUUCCAUUGAAUAUAUGUAAACUGCAUGGAACUAAACCUUCAGAUAGAUGCACCUUGGGUUAAUUUGAUUUCCAUAUAACCCCAACAUUUAUUAUGCAUGCAAAAAUUUCCUACUUUUUCUCACCAAUACAUGUAGUUAGAACACCUGUAUAAACAAAGUGGAAACAUGUAUGCAUAAUAAAUGUAUGUGUUAUAUAGAAAUCUUACCUUUCAUUUUGUUUUGUUUUGCUAGCAUACUAAACUAUGGCGUAUCCUCAGUUUUGUGGCCCCAUUUUAACUGAAAAAUCUUCUUGAAGAAAGCUCUCCUUCACAACCAGACAGGUACAGCGAUCUACAGCGAACAGUCGAGUUUGCAGCUUAAUGCCUUAGUGUAAGAAGAUCAUGAAAGAAGCGUGAUAGAUGCUGGCUUCCGAUUGGGCACAAAAAUCUAUCACAGGGAAAACAAAUUGGCCAAUAGCUGUAACAAUUGCAAAAGUCUUUGGGAAUUCUACAGGGCCCAGUUUCCUCAUUCUCGUUUCUAAAAUGGCGGAUAAGAGUAAACCAAAACAGACAAUUUAUCUACUUGUGAUUGGGAAAGAAUUAUAAACAGAUCAUGUGUAUUUACUGGUGGGGUUCAAGACGUUUUAAAUGGAUAAUGCCAAGUACAUACAUGUAGGUCUCACUCUUUUUGUGCUGUGUUAAACUGCAAGAAAAUAAUGUGUUUAAUUUCUAGUAAAAACAUUUUGUUAUGAUUUCUUACGAUACCUUUGCUCAUAAUUAUUCUGCAGGUAGUAUUGCUAUGAGCUUUUUGGAGAUUGGUGGACUAUGUGGUAGUUUAACAUCUGGAUAUGUCACAGACAAGUUAGUUCAAAAGGUAUUAGUGAUAAGAUAAGUUAGGAAAUAAUUUCAUUUGCAUUUUGUCAACAUUCCAAUAAUUCUCUAACCUUAAUGGGAAAAAAAUUGUUACAAUGUUGAAAAAAUGCCAAUGAAAUAAUUUAUUUCCUUAUUUUCAUCAUUACUGCUGUUAUUAAUAUGCUUACAUAACAGCAAACUUCACAGGAAUGUAAAUUUUCACGUUUAUGAAGGUAGUUAGUAAAGGUAAUAUGGCUCACAGAACUCACAUGGACAGAUAUGACAUAAUAUAAACGGUUGACAAAUAAUGUGAAUUCUGGUUAUCCCAACAACAUAAUUGCAUACAUGUUCUGAGAUUUUGUUACUGUUUAAAAAACAUUCUACACCUGUUUCUAAACUUCUCGACAGCCUUGGUUUAGUUAUUACACUCUUGGUGCGUUUCAUUGUUUACCUGCAAAAUGAGUUAUAUGUUUAUAAAACCCAUGAUAUUUCCCAGCUAGAAGAGUUUUCUUUCUGUUUAUUAUGAACAAGAGAUGGAGGAUAUUAUAUAAUUUAUUUAUGGCCUCAUGGAGCUGUGAAAUUUCCCUGAGGACUGAGAGCAUUUAAUAUUUUUAUGAGUGAGCACAGCGAAUAAGUGGAAUAUUUUUUAACAUGAGAGAGAACUAAUCUCCAAGCAGCCAUGUAAUGUUCUAUUUAUAAUUAAAUAAAUUACCAAUGAAAUAUAUAACCAAACCAAUUCACUUUUUGCUGCAAAAGGUCAAUGUAUCAUGUAGCUAUGGUAAGGGUAAUCUUUUCACAUGUCAAGACAGGUUAUAUUCACAUGUGACUUUGGUUGGUGGUUACAUAACAAUUUUUUUUUCAAUAAAAUCAGAAAUUAGACUUUGCUAGCAUGGAAACGGUAAUGAAAAUGGUCUAGAAACACAUAAUGAAAGCAAAGGAGGAUAGUACGGGUUUAGUGAAUUCUCCACACUCCUUCAGUACAGCUGACACUUAAUGACGGAAAGUUUAUUGGGUAAAUAACUUACUGUUUUCUCCUGUCUUCUUUGCAGUAUGGAACAUCAACAUCAAGUAGUCCCAGAAUACCACCAAUGAUUUUGUUUGCACUUGUUCAGCUAGCAUGUAUCUAUCUUUUACAUACAGGUGUGACAUCCACUUCAUCACUGGUAUGUAUCUAAAGAGAAAACUGUAGUGCUUUUACAGGUGUUCAAAUUGUGUAUGCAUUCUAUAGGGUACACAAUAUUAUCAGAUUGUUAGUAGCAUAAUGUGCAAACUUUGAGCACUGAAACCUAUUUCAAUAUAAAAAUGAAUAAAUAUUGGAGGAAGGAGAAAUUAUGCAUCCUUAUCUCACCAGACAGAAGAAAUGUGACAACUGCCCCGCGGGCCAGGGCACUCCCUUAUUUUGGACCUAACAGAUAUGUGCCAUUGAACAGGGUAUGGUUUUCAGGGUGUUGCAUCUUAGACAUCUUAUAAAUAGUAUACACAUUUUCACUAUUUAGCAUCUUGAAAAGGGUGUCUUUUUGGACUGGAAGCAUGAAAAGAGUAUGACCUUUGAUGAGUAGAGUGCCAACAAUUUUUUCCAGAAAACGUGGUUCCAUGAUGUUAGUUUAAAAAAUCACUUACCUUGUAUGCAAGACAAAAUGAAUCAGGGUCAUGUGACAAGGUCUCUUGUCUUAUGUUUGAUUUUUGUUUUAAACAGGGUAAGGAAUUAAAGGCCAGCUUUCUACCCCAAACUUCUCAUUAUUGUCCCCCACCUGCCGAAAGGUGGCUAUCUUGCUUGCCUCAGGGCAAUUUGUAAAUUAAAGUGGAACUGACUGUACUAAUACCUACCACUGGCAUCUUGCUUCAAUGUAUUUCACUAAUCUGUUUUCUAUUGAAUCUUUGUUCUUUUGCAGUGGUUGAUUUCUGCAUUAGUAUUUGGAAUAGGUUUCUCACUGUAUACAGCCAUCAACUUGUAUGGUGUUCUAGCCAUAGAGAAUGGUCCUCCAGGAUUAACUGGAACCACACAUGCCAUUGUUGCUUUAGCAGCAAAUGGUAAGGAAACAAUGUUGAUAUUUAUGAUUGUUAUAAGAUGUAAACAGUAGUUAAUUCUGAUUUAUUAAUUUAUUUAAUAAUUAUUAAUUCUAUGACGAUUAGGUAAUAACUGAUUUUAUAAUAACUGAGUGAUUUUUUGCACACUGACUGGAUGAGAGCUAUGGUCGGUAAGACAAGUGACAGACCAUGGAAAUAAUUUGAGGGUGGCACAAUUUGUUUUCUCUUUCUUGCAUGCAGGAUUUUUCAAGAAAGUUCAAUAGAAAUGGACGUCAAAAACUGUCAAUGUUAUUGUAAAAAACAAAUUGAGAACCUUUUCUCACUUGGAAUUUUUAAUGAGCUCCAGGGGCAAGCUAUUGAUAUUUUCUGGAACCAACCUUUUUUUUUUGUUUUCACAGAAAGAAAUAGCCUUUUUGCAAGUUUAUAUCAGACAAGCAAACUUUAACACAAACCUGGUUUAACUGGUCUCGCAUUUGCUCGCAUUUGUUCUCAAUCUUUUCAAGAGUGCUCUAAUUUCGUGGUAAAUCAAAUUUUCAAUUUCACAAGGCAAAAAAUGUGUUUAAAUUUGCUCUCUGACAAACAGCAUAAGGGCUGUUUAAAAAAAAUUGUAAAAAAAUUAAGGGCUAUUCAAGAAAAUAAUACACAAUUAUUAUUGGAUGAGGUUCUUGUAAUAUCUGGAAUACUCAAGGUUGAGAUAAGCGUUAUCAGCCGAGCUGAAGGCCAAGGCUGAUAACACUUAUCGAGACCUUGAUUAUUUAGGAUAUCACAAAAACUGAAUCUAGUAAUUGUUUCAUUAUACAUUGUUUUGGCGAAAAUAAUGACAAACAUACUGUCACAAGGAACCUGAAUUGAUAAUGUGUUUUAGAAAUCAUGCAUCGCAUAUGCAACCUAAAGAUUAGUCAGUUAUCUGCUAGCAGACAACUAUUUAUCUGUAGGUUGCACUGAUUUCUAAAAUUAGCUGUAGGCUCUUAGCCAAUGAGAAACAGAUAGUGAGUACAGUGUAUAAUAAUAGUGUACAAUCUGUUUAUCAAGACUUCCUUUUCUUUACAAUUUUUUAGUUGGUGCAACACUUGCUGGAAUUCCCCUCACAACAAUCAGCAAGUCGUAUGACUGGGGAGGUGUUUUUGUUGCUCUUGAACUGGCUUCUCUUUUCUGUUUCUGUUUACUGGUUGGAGCAAGGAACGUUAACACAUGCAUGAUUCAGCCAUCAAAGCUGGAAUGA